GCAGAAAACACUCACUCGUCUUCCGUCGUUUCAGUCUGUUCUCAGGUGUUGUCGGAGACGGAGUGGCUCUGUGGCAACGGCUGUUGCGUCCUCCUUAUCUGUCGGUCGUUGAAGUCUCUCGUUCACUUCGUUUCUCACUGUGAUCUUUAUUUUCGUGCUGCUCUCGACUCGAGUGUCGCUGGAAUGAAAUGAAUGUUCUUCCAGCUGGUGUCAUAAUCUAGAAUCACUCGUGUAUGUCCAUGAGCAUGUAGUACUUCAUGUGUUUCCAUAGAUAUAUACUACGUACACAGAAAGAAUAGCGAAUUGUUGAUAAGUGGUGCAUCGUGAAGGCUGAAUAAGAGAUAUUUUCGUCGUUGUCGUGGAAAACAGUGAAUUGCUUCAUAAUGACUUUUCUGGGUCAUGAGAAAAUGGUGGAGGAGCUUUCCUAAGUAAUCAGUGGGACCAGAAGAGGAUGGAUUGACUUUUCCAACGUAUCUCUGAACGUCAAUCGUGAAUGAAAGUCAUUAUCAACUGGCCUGCAACUGGGAAAUGUGUGUACGGGCGAAGUAACGGGGUCGAAAGAGGAUGACGACCCCGAUAUACAGAUUGUUACCCAUUCUGGGAAUAUGGUGGGAACUGUCAGCGAGGGCCCUGGCCACUCCGUACGACGAGUACAUGACGUGUGGCGCCGGCCACGAGAGAUAUGGAAGGCAGUACCAUCACCAUUACUACGAUGUCCCGUGUGACCUGUCCAAGGAAACGUUCUGCCUGACGCCGGGUACACAGUAUCCAUGGAGUGCUGUCCGCCGCUUUGUGCACGAAAAUCAGGGCCUGAUCAAACGGAUGUACGGAAACCAGCGCCACUACAACGUCUUGAGAUCGGAAUUCCUCCAGGACAUGUACGAGGAAAUGUUCAAUGAGAUGCCGAAAAGACAGUCCCACAGGUUUCAUCCGUCGUCCUCCUCCCACGUCUCGACUGCCCGAACCGGAAGGUACCAAAAACACUCGAACGCCAAUUCGCUUCAGGAAGAGAGAACGAAGAAACGGCCCAGGAAUGACAAUGAUCCAAGUUCAAGAUCUCGGUCCAUUAAAACAGUAUCCAUGGAACCAGAAUACAUUUCGAAAAGUGGCGCGGAUGCAUCUCUGCCUCAGGUUCCUUCUAAGCUGAAGGCGCAGCGGGUUCCUGGAAAUCGGCUGAAGGAUAUCGAAGACUUCGAGCAGCUAACGAUGGAUAUUCUGGAGGCAGUGGCAGACCUGCCUCCCAGGAGGAGGACCACAGAUUCUAACACCGAAUUUCCACACACAACGCAAGCAUCCACUGCUCCCACGGAUUCAACUGCUUUCCAAGCUACAAGUGAGACAACUACGAGUAAAGGAAAUGACUGGUUCACUGAGGAGGAGACGGCCUACGAAGAAGUGACCACCCCCAAUAACGGCUCUCCUUCACAUGGCAGAGAGAGCGAGGAAGAAAAGGAGAGGCUGAAGCCGACCUACCUUCCACUGCCUAACGCUGACGAAUUAGACUUCCAUGACGAAGGUAUUUGGACGACUCUCGGCGACGAAUUAUUUGACACAUUCUCCACUACCACCUACUCGCCUGAACUCGAUGAAUUCUCCAUGUCUACUUUUCCUGAGGAAAUAUCGACCCAGAACCCUGGAAAAUCUGACCUCUCCGAAAUAGCUUUUGACCCUUCUGAGGAAAGUGACCGCCAACAAAACUUUGGCUCGACGACCUCACCUGACAUGGACGGUUUGACCACCUUAAAAUCUCUCCCUGACGAAUAUCCUGACGACGAAGAAGAGGCGCUGACGGAAGUCACUGACCACGUCACAUACGACAAGAAGUUGACGAGUCAGGAGAGUUCUGGGAAGGAGAGGGUGACGCUCAAUUCCAAAGACCCAGGCGACUUCUCCGACGAUUUAGACAUUGAGCAAAGAGAAGACUCGCCCCUGACUAAAAGCCCCUUUGACACACAGUUCCCGAACGGAAUGCAAAGCGGAGGAGGCCCGCCAGAGCCAGACAGACACAGGACACCAAUACGCGGCGUCAACGCGUGCCCUGUGGAAGAAGAGUUUGUGGCACCUUACUGGGCCAACAACACCCGGGGUGAAACUUUGGCACUGCUCAACUUGUAUCCCUUUGAACAAUACAUUCAGUGGGAGCGAUGCAAAUAUGAGCACCGUCAAAUGUACUGUCGCGAAGGAUGUCGAUGUGAGCAACAGUUUCGUCUCCACAAGCUGCUCGCCUUUGACCCUUCCAAUGAAUGCAAAGGUAUAUUUAGUGACUGGUUUCGUUUUCCGUCGUGCUGCGUGUGUAAAUGCUAUGACCUGCCAGAAGAGCUCCUGAUGGCAUCACCAAGGAAGUCGAGUCGAAAACUGGACACAGAUGAUUUCUACGAGGAAAACGCUGAAAAUUACCACGAUGAUGAUGAUGAUGAUGAUGAUGAUGAUGAUGAUGAUGAUGAUGAUAUGGAAUAUGGGAACCUAUCUUCCUAUAAUGAGUUAAAUCUUGAGGAAGAAGAAGACCAAGAAGCAGAAGUUGAUGAGGAAGAUGAAGCUGAAGAUGAAAAAUUACAUAAUAACGAUAGUGACUAUAAUGAUGACAUUCCAGUUAACUAUUACAGGAGGAUAAGCAUGCAAAAAAGACCCCAGACAUACAGAGUGAGAUCAGGAGGACGCAUGGUCAAUAUACCUCCUCAGCGAAGACCACGUUUGCCUCCUAGACCCUCAUCUCACAUCACAAGUCCUAGAGCCACAUCUCAGCCUCAGUCUAAUUCCUUUUCCCAAAACCAGGAAUCCACUACACUUGGCACUCUUGAUGUUGCAACUCCCCACUAUUAUUACAAUAUCUCUCAUUAUUCACAUCUGUUUACAAACGUCCAUCCCUUUCCUUUGUCCCGCAUACCUAGAAGUAACCCAGAAGGUUGAUUUAUAUUGAAUUUUAAUUAACACAUUAGGCAGUCACAUUCUUGAAUGUCAUGACGGAAAAUUGUCUUUAUACCUAGGCUACCGUUUACGGUGACAACAUCCUAUUUUCAAACAGUUACCAAAAAGAGUGGGUACUAAAAAUCAACAAUUAUUUUGCUCUAGAUCUUAUUUUACUUAAUAAUUAAUUUUUUGUAUGAUAUUUAUAAAUAAUAAAAUACAAACAACCUGUAGCCACAGGCAGAGUUUGAAGGAUUCAUUACCAUGCCCUGUUGAAAGAAACCUGACUCACUGUUGACCAAAAGGUUGCCUGGGCAGGAUAAUGAAAUCUUCAGACUCAUUUCACAAUUAUAGUUUGCUGUCUCAAUCUGAGAAAGUCAGUCUUAUUUUAUUUCUUGUAUGUAUUUUUUUUUUUUUAAGUAACCAAGUAGUCUUUCCUUCUUGUUUUUCAUAAAACAAAAUACAUAACCUUUCCUUCUUGUUUUUCAUUCUUAUUUAUGUUCCAAAUUUUACUGAGGAAAUGUAGUGACAUAUAAAAGUUUUAUAUUGUAUUUUUGGCUUUCCUUGUAGAGAAUUUACUCAUUAUUUAUAUUAGUAGUAAUACUACUGAGCACCACAUCUAAAUAUUUAUGUGCUUGCUAAACAAAUAUUUGUGUGAUUGUGUAAAAUUUCUAUUUAGUUGCUCAGGUUAUAAUAUAAUAAACAUAUGAUAAA